AUGGAUUCUGAGGGGGUUCGACAAGCAGCUGCUGCCAUGAACGGCUCUGACGUGGUGAAGAACAAGCUGGACCUGGAACUACGGCUGGGAUUACCUGAUAAUGACGAAAAUCCACCCAAAAAUCAGGGUCAACAAUUUGACCCCACUCUUCUGGCUGCUAAUGACCAUGUCGACUGGAGUCAUCUUGCUCUUCACCCCCGGGAGGACAAGGACAAACAUGUGCCUCAUGGUGGAGUUCAUGUUGAUGCCAGUGGAGGGCCGCUCCAAUUGGAAAUGCAUGACUAUUAUGCAAACUCUAUAAAGCACUGCGCUUCCCCAACAGGAAUUGAUCAUCCUCCUAAUCACCCUCCUAUUUUUCCUGGUAUGAUUGUAAACAACCAAUUUGUCGACAUAUCCCAUAUAAAUAAUAUGGAAUCGGGGAUGAGCUCUUCAUCCAAUGGGCCUCAAAAGUUACCAAUUGGACGUCGUCGACAGGGUCACAAUGAUACCGACAAUCCUAAUAAGAGGUGUGCCAACCCUCUAUGCAACGCCACUUCUUCCCCCAUGUGGCGCCGCGGCCCUCUUGGCCCAAAGGUAUGA